UCCAUGGAAACGACAGACUGGCGUGCUAGCCUGGAAGCGAGCAUAGUUAGCUAGCGUUGAUUUUGGAUGUAGAUAAACUUUGCUGUACACUGACUACAUUUGGUUUACUGCAUUUGGGUGAAGAUGAGUCGUACUCCUGAUGCAAGAGCGAGGGACAACCAGACAAGAAAGAUCCAGGAAAACAUCACCAAUGUGGAGAAACAUUUUGGAGAGAUGUGCCAACUGUUUGCUGCCUAUGUCCGUAAAACAGCCAGACUACGAGACAAGGCAGACCUCCUGGUCCGUGAAAUCGGCUUGUAUGCAGACACAGAAACACCAAACCUGAAGAGGGGUAUGAAGCAGUAUGCUGACCACCUGGCUAAGAUUCAAGACUACCGCCAAGCUGAGGUGGAAAGACUUGAAGCCAAAGUCAUAGAGCCAUUAAAAAGCUAUGGAGCUGUAGUGAAACGUAAAAGGGAGGAUCUGAAGACAACUCAAAGUGCCAGAGACAGAGAAGCCAAACAGAUGGCUCAGCUUGAGAGGACCAGACAAAGAAACCCCUCAGACAGGCAGAUCAUUUUUGAUAUGUUUUGUAGUAUGUUGCACUGUCUUUUGUUUUGCCAUCAGGCUGAAAGUGAGCUCCAGAGAGCCACCAUGGAUGCCACACGGACCACCAGGCAGCUGGAGGAGACCAUAGACGAGUUUGAGAAGCAGAAGAUCCGUGACAUCAAGAAAAUAUUUGGUGAGUUUUUGACAGUGGAGAUGUCAUUCCAUGCUAAGGCCUUGGAGGUAUACACCUUGGCCUACCAGAACAUUCAUAGUGUGGAUGAGGAGGAAGACCUGGAGGUGUUCAGGAGUUCGCUGCACCCCCCUGACUACCAGUCACGAUUAGACAUAGUGCGAGCUAAUUCCAAAACCUCGCUCGAUCGGACCGGGUCUUUCCUGAGUACAUCAGGGACCUUGCAGCAACAAAGAGCUUGUAGUCGGCAGACAAGAGAAGAGGAGGAGGACGAGGAUGAAGAGGAAUUUGAAGAGGAGGAGGAUGAUGAAGACGAAGAUGAGGACACAGAUGAUGAAAAUUAAAUUCUCUUAAAUUGUGUAAUUUUGUGUUUGUCUGUAUGGAACAAAGAGGAUAUGAAAAUAAUGUAUUAACUGUUUUAUACUGUUGUAAAAGAAAAGCUGUGUCAUUGCCAAACUCAUUUCCCUCACAGGUGGUCUGAGCAGUAUUGUAGUUGCGAUGUACUGUAGUCAUGUGAUGCUUUGCAAGAGAGCAUGCUGUUCUUUACUACCGUUUGUCUUUAAAAUUCUAACCAACUUCUGUCUUUUCUAUAUUUUUAUAUCAUGCACAAUGCCAAAAUGUGCAUUAUAUGUUCACUCGUCUUUAUGAAUAAAAACAAAAAAUCAA